AUGAAGAAAGAUCAAAAUUCAACCUACUACAAUCCAAAGGGUAGUAUUCUUUCUAUUCUAAACAGGCUAGCUUCUAAGUUGUACUUAAAAAUGUAUGGGUCUUUAUUUCAGUCAGCCACAAGAAUAAUAUUUGGCAAGAAGCCAACAAUUAACACCUUAAUUCAAACCAGAAAUAAGAUGAAAACUCAUAAAGCAGCCGCAAAGAGAUUUAUUAAAACUGGAAACGGGUUCAAGAGAAAACAAGCUGGAAGAAACCACGGAAAUGGUGGUUUUAGUGCUAACUCUAUUCGUCAAUUAGACUCUUUCGUCCCAGUUACCGAUAAGGGUGGUCAUUUGAAGAAGUUGAAGAAUUCUUUAUAA